AUGCCCUCCGACAAGCAGAACGCCGAGUUCCUGUUCUCCAUGCUCAAGCAGCUCGACGUAAAGCACAUCGAGUGGAAGCGCAUCGCCGAGGAGCACGGCAUCACCAAUGGCCACGCCGCCCGCAUGCGCUGGUGCCGCUACCGCGAUGCUAGGGAGGGCGUUAAGCCCAAUGCCCGCAAGAAUAAACGCGGUCGUGAUUCCGUCUCCUCGGACGAAGAUAGUGACGAUGCCAGGGCUCGUGCCAAGGCCACUGACAAGGGAAGCGGAAAGAGGAAGAGGCCGAGGGGCGUCGAUGUCGAAGGCGCGGAUGAAAAGAGUGAUGACGAGGAGUUCGUGGUGAAGAAGGAAGAGAGUGAUAGGCCGAAGAAGAGGGCGAGGAUCGAGGAGCCAGUCAAGAAGGAGCCGCCCGAAGCUGACGAAGAUUCUGAUAUGCUAAUCGGACGGAUGAAAAAUGUAAAGGUCAAGACGGAGGUGAAGGCGGAGAAAGUCAAAGACGGCAAGAACGAAGUCAAGACGCAGGUGAAGGCAGAGGAGGUCAAGGACGAACGGAAGGAAAACCGCACGCUCUAUGAUAUCCCGACCGUGAAGAAGGAAAAGGAAACUUGA